AUGCCGUACUUCUUCCUGGGAGACGAUGCCUUCGCCAUGAGGACGUACAUGAUGAAGCCCUAUGGCCGUCGUAACAUGGUCCAACAGCAGAAGAUCUUCAACUACAGGCUACAGGAACCAGACACAGUCCGCCUGCUCUUUGAAGCUGCCGUCAUGCUGAACAACCUCAUCAGGAUGCGCUAUCAGGCACUGGACGUCCGCAUGUUGGACCAGGAGGAUGCCCAGCACAACCUCAUCCUUGGAGCUUGGAGAACUGCCGCCAUCACUGUGAGAAAGUCCUGCGAUGCCGCUCUGCUUUUAAUGGCGACAAGUGGCGCCGAAUGGCGGGCAACCAGCAUUGCUUCAGCAGAAAGACUACCACUGGAAGAUGGUUCCGUGGAUCUGUUAACGGUCGCCUCUGCAGUUCACUGGUUCGAUAUGCCUGCUUUUACUCGUGAAGCUGACCGUGUGUUGAAGCCUGGAGGGUGUAUAGCCGUCAUAGGGACCUAUCGAAUCAGGACUGUCAACCACCAAAAUGAGCUAAUCAAAUCAAAACUGAUAGAAUGCAGAGAGAAAUAUACGCAAGAGCUCGACAAGUACAGAGUAAUUGACACUAAGGCGUAUUACAAAUUCUAUGAGACGUUGGAAUUUCCUUCCUAUGACAUGACAAGGUGGUCUAUGGAAUAUAACCGAACACUGACAGCACCUGCCUUCAUCAAUUUUCUGCAAACUCUGUCAUUUUCCAUCAAGUAUCUUGAACGUCAUCCCAAUACAACAUUCUUCGAGGAAUACAGAGAUAACUUACAUUCUAUCUUGGUUUCCGAGAAAGAGGAGAAAGAGGCAUCUUUUCAGCUCACGUGGUUCUAUGACAUUCUGAUAGCUCGCAAACCGAUACCAACCAUGCCAACGCUGUAGGCCUUUACAUGUAAAUAUCCCAAUACUGUCUGAAACUCAUGAUGGUGUGCCAUAAUAAGCGAGGCUCAAUGUUCUUUUCUCGUUAUUUUAUUCGUCGUGUUUUCUUAAACCAGUGGAGAAGUCAUUAUUCCAGUCAAAUCAUUUAUUUUCCGCUAUAAGAACACAUGUAAAUUAACAAAGUUGAAGGAAUAGGAGGCCUAAGAUUCUCAACUUCUAAAGUUUGUUAUGAUUAGUUUCCUUAUAGAGAUAAGAGUAAUUUCCUUUCAAACUUGAUAAGAUUCCCGAUGUUGUAGCAAAUCCACCAGUCUCAAAUUGUUUCAGUUCAGGCGAAAUCUUCGCUUCCGUUUAUUUCAUUUUUUUUUCCACUGAACUUGUUUUACUUUUGACUUCCACACAUUUACUGAUACAAUCAUGUAAAAAUAUGGUCCACUUUUCUUCGUGUAAUUUCGACUACGUAGAUCAUCCUCAAUUACUGUUUGCAGGUGCCUGUAUUAUAAAUUGUCUUGUAUUCGUUUAAAAAAAAUACUUAAAGUGACACUUCUUUACCGAAAAACAAGGGCGGUGCUGGAGUUUAAUUUUAUUUUCCACCACAAUAUAUUAACACCUGAUGAAAGUACAAAAGUAUACAAAUGAAUAAAAAUCCUAUAUACAAGGCGAACAAUAAAGUAUAUAU